ACCUAAGUUCUCGUAGCGAUGUGUUGCGUAAAGAUUUCGAGAUGAAUAAGCCUAUUAUUUUUCUGAGAGCCAAAGGACGCAACGACAUAAUCAUGACAGUUCCAAAAAAAAAAAACGAAAAGUGACAUGGAGUCGUGGUUUCAGUGGUUUGUUUAUUGAUUUUAUUAUUUGCAAUUUGCAUUUUAUAUGUAGAAGCAACAAAAAUAUUUAUUCUCGACGUAUAAAUUCGUGCCUACUCUGACAAUGUAACGUGAUACUUGUGGAAUAACCAUGUCAGUAAAUGGUACCGGUGGCAACUACGCACCACUGAAACAGAUACUGUCAGACUCCGAGUCCGAAGACGACCAGAAACUUGACAAUGUACAGAUCAAAACGACAGACAGCUGCAAUAAUUUGGAUUUCAACAGUGGCCUGCAGUCUUCAAAAAACUACAGCAUGAGCGAUAUGGACGAGUUUAACACAAAUGUCAAUACCAUUGAAAGCACAAUGGACAAUGUCAGCUUUUUACAAUCCGAUAUAUCAAACAAAAUGUCAUUCCCACGGCGCUGCGCCUUCGUGACCUCAAUACUUGUGUGUAUAUUCACAGUUAUUAUAUUUUUGUGGGGUGUACCAUGUUCAGACUUCGGUAGCUGCGCUAGUAAUGAAUGGCAAGAUAAAACUACGAGCUGGGAACUGCCGUACGACGAGAUUGAACUAUCUGGAGCAGUCCAGGUCGUUGAUGGAGCCAUACCCAAAACAAAAAAUUUAAUUUUUAUUUAUAGAGGCAAUUAUAUGAGGCAGGAAGAUAACGCUAACACAGACAAUGUGAAUGGAGUAUUACUUAUUGUUGGUAGUUCUGGAAAGGUUGGCUGGUACACAAGAGAGAGAAGAAUACCUACAGAAAUUAAUUGCCACCUCAUUGAUGUGAAUAGAGAUAAGCAAAAGGAUUGCAUUGUAGCUGGUACCGAAGGAUUGUUUGCAGCAUUGAACCCUCUUUCUGGGACUUAUUACUGGAAUAUACAUAAGGAAGAAAAUUUCCUUACCAACAUAACUAUGAUUGACUUUCCUAUAGUUGUAAAGGACAUGGAUAAGGACAAAGUUAGUGACUUAUUAACUGUGGCAACCCUUGAUGCAAAUUCAAAUCAUAAUGCAUUGCUAUUAGUCUCUGGAGCAACAGGUCGGCUGAUUGGAGAACCAAUGAUCAUAGAUGAUUGUUCAACAGUCAAGUUAAUUUCUGAAUCAGACUCCAUUACAUAUAUCUGUAAAAAUAGCACAACAGAGGCUGUAAGGCUGAUCACUUACCCUUUGUUAUAUAAAAAAUUACUAAAAUUUGAUCAGGUUACCAAUCAUAGUCAACCACCCGCAAAGGUCUCUAAAAGAGUGAAUACAAUACUGAAGAAGAGCAUUGGAAAUACAAGAGUAAUUUUUUCAAAUGGUCCAGGGAAGCUGAUUGUGGAAAAUUCUGGAGAAUGCCCUAAUUCUUGUAGAGUAAAUUUGACAUUGCUAUUGGACAGGAAUGGGACUUCUAAUGUCACCUGGGAAUAUGUAGCCAAUCAUGUUUAUGCAAUGAAACCCAGCUCCUUUGCAUUCACAAACUCCAUACGGGGGUUUGUACUGAAAUUAUGACAAUGGAACAGUGCACACUUUGCUAAGGGUGCACAUAAAAUUGACGAAGUCAAAUACAAUGUUCAAAAUCAGAGCCCAAA